AUGGAGCUACUCUUCCUAUUUUAUGUUCUUUAUGUCAUAACAAGCCUUGCGUUAGGGCUGCUGGAUCAGGAGUUUGUGGAUUUGAGCCAUGAUUACUUUCAGGUCUCCGCCCGAUCGGGAGUCCCGGCCAUGCAUGCAGCAUUACUGCCUCCAUCGGGAAUGGUGGUCUUUCUUGACAAGGUGGAGAACUAUUCCGAGCUGCGUCUGCCAAAUCAGCGGUUGGCCUAUUCAUCACUUUACGAUCCGCAAAUACGCAAUGUGAGCCCCUUGGCGGUGACAACAAAUCCCUUCUGUUGCGGUGGUACCUUUCUUGCCGACGGACGACUAGUCACACUGGGAGGAAAUGCGCCUUUGCCGGAGCUUGAUCCAACCGUUGGAGACGGGUUCGAUGCUAUCCGCUAUAUCGGAAUGGAGAACGGGGACUAUACUUGGGAGGAACCUGGGAACAAGUUGGCCUCAAAGAGAUGGUAUGCUUCCGCACAGACGAUGGCAGACGGCACAAUCUUUGUUGCUGCUGGCAGUCUGAAUGGACUGGACGUGCUCAACUCUAGCAACAAUAACCCCACAUAUGAGAUACUCGAUGUCAAUGGUCUCAGCAAUGGUCGGAACUUUCGAAUGGACAUCUUGGUCGAAAACAUGCCGUACUAG